AUGGGGGUGCGAAAAACUUUGGCGCAUAGGACCAUGCCAUCUGCCCCGUUGGCUCGGCUGAUCGCUGUCGUUGCCCCGGGUCGCAAGAGGGAUCGAGAGGCCUCAAGUACUGAGGCCGCGCUGGCCGAAAGUGUUGCUGUUGAGAUGGCGGUGCUAGAGCGGCCGAGAAAAAAGGUCCUCCUUGUUCUUUCGGAGGCCGAGGACGAGGAAGAAAUCCGUUCUAUGAUUGUGAGUGAAACCCCUCUCGUGACUGCCACGCCUUCCCCCUUUUUCUUUUCUGAUAAUCUGGUCCUUUCCUCAGGGCGAGGCAGUGGCCAAGGAGGCAGCUGCUGCCGAGGUAGUAGUUGGGGGGCGGCCACUGCCGAGGUGGCGGAAAUGCUAGAUGCCGAGGCAGCAGUCACAGAGGUGCCAGUCACUGCGGACGUGCCAGACGACGAGGUCCUUGCCGUGGACUCGACGAGGGCCACCCUAGUGGAAGUCCUUUUGGCCGCCUCUGUCGUGCCUACCUUGGCCAUUACCGCAUCCGUCGAGCCGUUGCCUGUCUCUUCGUGA